CACGGCAGCUUCCGUUCGCCGGCGGAGUGCUGCUAACAACAUAGCUGAGCAGUUUGCUGAACCUUGUUAUUGAUUCAGUUGAACUUAACGCUAAACUUCAUUACACUAAAAAUAUGCCGAGUUGUGAUAUAUGAUUUUUCAAAAAGCCUUCAAAAAAGUGACAGUUUGUCCAUCCAGUGGACGUCCCCGGUUAACCUUAAUGUUGGCAUUUGGCUGAAAUAGAGAGCGCGUCGAAUGUAGCUACGGCUGUUUCUAAGCUAGGCCCGAAACAGCAUAACAACAAUAAGCGAAAGCCAAGUAACCUCUCUUAGGGAAGGGGGCAUUGAUCUAAAGGAAACAUAAAAUAACUUCCCCAUCCCUAUAUACUAGAGCGUGUGUCCACAAAAUGAGAGGUUCGUAUGGAGACAGAGAUCGAGACCGUGGCCGUGACAGGGGCAGCCCUCGAUUCGGGUCCAGCAGAGGCGGCCCAACGCCGGGUAGGAAGUUUGGGAACCCCGGGGACCGUUUACGUAAGAAAAGAUGGGACCUCGAUGAGCUUCCCAAGUUUGAGAAGAACUUCUAUAGUGAACAUUCUGAUGUGCAGAGAAUUAGUCAGUAUGAGGUCGAGGAGUAUCGCAGAAAGAAAGAAAUCACAGUUCGAGGCUCAGGCUGCCCCAAACCCAUCACCAACUUCCAUCAGGCACAGUUUCCCCAAUAUGUCAUGGAUGUACUGAUGCAGCAGAAUUUCAAGGAGCCCACAGCCAUUCAGGCACAAGGCUUCCCUCUAGCCCUCAGCGGUAGAGACAUGGUGGGCAUUGCUCAGACUGGCUCUGGGAAGACCUUAUCGUAUCUCCUGCCAGCCAUUGUGCACAUCAAUCAUCAGCCCUACUUGGAGCGCGGAGAUGGACCCAUUUGCUUGGUUCUGGCCCCAACAAGAGAGCUGGCACAGCAGGUCCAGCAGGUGGCAUAUGAUUAUGGAAAGUCGUCCCGCAUCAAAAGCACUUGUGUGUAUGGGGGUGCUCCCAAGGGACCUCAAAUUCGAGACCUAGAGAGAGGUGUUGAGAUCUGCAUUGCCACUCCUGGUCGUCUGAUUGACUUCCUCGAGGCUGGAAAGACCAACCUGCGACGCUGCACAUACUUAGUUCUGGAUGAAGCGGACCGCAUGCUGGACAUGGGUUUUGAACCCCAAAUUCGCAAGAUUGUGGACCAGAUCAGGCCUGACAGACAGACCCUGAUGUGGAGCGCUACCUGGCCUAAAGAGGUCCGCCAGUUAGCAGAAGACUUUCUGAAAGACUAUGUCCAAAUCAACGUCGGAGCGCUUGAGCUCAGCGCCAACCACAACAUCCUGCAGAUAGUUGAUGUCUGCAUGGAGAGCGAGAAAGACCACAAGUUGAUCCAACUGAUGGAGGAGAUUAUGGCCGAGAAAGAGAACAAGACCAUCAUUUUUGUUGAGACCAAGAAGCGAUGUGACGAUCUCACACGCAGGAUGAGACGUGAUGGGUGGCCAGCGAUGUGUAUUCAUGGUGACAAGAGCCAGCCGGAGAGAGACUGGGUGUUAUCAGAGUUUCGUACUGGCAAAGCCCCCAUACUCAUCGCUACUGACGUGGCUUCGCGUGGUUUGGAUGUGGAAGAUGUCAAGUUUGUCAUCAAUUAUGAUUACCCCAACUCAUCAGAGGACUACAUCCACCGCAUUGGCCGUACAGCUCGCAGCACCAACAAAGGCACUGCCUACACCUUCUUCACUCCGGGGAACCUCCGCCAGGCCCGCGAGCUGAUCCGGGUGCUGGAGGAGGCCCGACAGGCCAUCAAUCCCAAACUCCUGCAGCUGGUUGAUACUGGACGCGGAGGAGGUGGAGGAGGUGGCCGUCCUCGUUUCCGUGGUAGCUCCAGUUCCAACAACCCCAACCUGAUGUACCAGGAUGAGUGUGACAGGCGAAUGCGUUCUGUGGGUGGGGGUGUCAGCGCCAAGGACAGCCGCAGCAGCAGCAACUAUGUCCGCGACAGCAGAGAUAGUCGCGGAGGAAGCAGCCGGGAUGGGGAGCGCUCUUCCACCUCUUACAGAGAUCGCAACAGCAGGGAUGGAGGACGCAGCUACGGCUCCAACUCCAACUCAUACGACCAGUACCAGAAUAACAACAACAGCAGCAGCAAUCAGUACAGCAGCUCCAGGGCAAGCUCUGGUUCAGGGGGCGCUGCAGUGGGGCAGGCCCCACCUCCUUCAUCAGGCCCACAGCCUCUAAUGGCCCAGCAGUUCAACCCUCCCCAACCAGUGAUGGGUCUAAUGGGGCACUCUCCGUUCCAGUUUGCUUCUCAAUCAGGGAGAAAGUGAUAUCAUCACUGCAUCAGUCACACACUUUACACAGGCUCAAAAUAAGUGAGAAAUUUUGAUUUUGGAAUGGAUUACUGCCAGGUAGUUGACCACUGUAACAUCAACAUGCCAGUUAUAGGCGUGUUUGGGUUACAACACAUCAGUGCAUUGUGCUUUUAGAAUUCUUCUUCUUGUUCAUCAUUAUAACACCAAAAUGGAUCCCAGUUUGUUUUAAGUGGUCAACCCUUUUUGUUUUUGACUUUGUCUUUAAAGUCAAAUUAAGUAUCAUUAAUUUAGUUUGACAGAAACUCAGCUGUUUUAUCAUCAUUGUCUCAAAAAGAAACUUUUGUUUUUUACAAAUGUGGUGUUUCUGUAUUGCGGUCCUCUGUGAGCUGCUACAGAGGAUUUAUCUGCUGAUCUGUAUCUGCUUUCCCCUUAGGUGUGUCAAAAGGUAGGUGCUGAAGUUACUUCUUGUAUAUAUCCUAUGUUUCUAUUUUUGGUUCAAUAUCUUUAUUUUUGUGUUGGAAAAUUUGUAAGCCACAAGAUCACUUUGAAGUAUAGAAGAAAAACUUUGGGAGCCUGGUAUGUUGAGCAAAUUGAGGUUUAAAAACUUUUUUUUGGGGGGGUCAAAUUGUUUUUUGAUUUCAUUACAUGUAUUACUAGGCCUUAUAGAGGCAACUCUGCAGAGGCUUAGUGUGCCGUAGCAGCAGUUAGUCACAUGCAUGUAAACAAACUUUUUCACAUUUAGGAGUUUACUGACAAACCUGAGGCUCACUGUAAAUUAGCGUUUUCAGUUAAGCAGCAGUGUAGUGAAAUCUUUGCAGAGGUGAUCUUUGAGGUUUUCCAGAUAGCAAAUAGUCCCUUUUUACAGUUUGUUUAAUAAAGCUCUUCACUGUA